AGACUGGGUUCUGCGGCUUUCGCUGGAGGGAAGCACAUCAGGGGCGGCUCCGCUCCUUUGCAUGCGGAAGAAGGAGCUGCUUUCAGUUGCCGGCAGGGAAGGAGACGCCCCUCCCUGGAGAAAACUCCGGGGCGCGAAGCUUGCGCAAUUUGCCACCCUCCGCUCUGGCCUCGCCUGCUCCCACCCCCGAAAGGAAGCCGAAGACUGUCGGAAAUUGCCGAGCCGAAGGGGAGGGGAAAGGAGCCCCUCCCCCAGAGGGGGCGCGUCCUUGGAGACCCCCCGAGAAAGGAAAUCGGAAUAGAAUAGCGAGCGAGGGAAGCGGAGGGACAGAGAGGACAAAGAGGUAAAGCUGCGGGGGGGGGGCGAAGGGCGGGGGGGGGAAGGGGGCAGAGACCCCCCCCAACAACAACUCACGUCUUGGGCGCUAUCAGCAGAGGCCCCGAUGCAUGCAAUCCGGCUGAAGAUCGGGGCCCCUCCAUUCGCAGGGAUUGCAUUGCACGCCCCCCCCCCCCCGAGAUCAGACUUCCCACCAUUUACUAUGGGAAAUGCGGCGGGGGGGGGGCUUUCUGCAGAGGGAGCACCGGCAGGGUUUGCAUUGCAAGAUCUCCUUUGCAACGCAAGGAGAUGCUCAGCUGUCAAGAGAUGCUCAACUCCCCUGCCCCCCCCCUUGGGCGCCUUUGAGGCAAUAAAAAUGGGAGCCCCCCCCCCCCAGGGCUGGGACUUGAACCCAGGCCCCUCUGCGAGUUCCGGCUUCCCCCUGGCAGGAAUCCCUGGGGCGCCGCGAUCCUGGCUUGGUGGGGAGUCCAUGGAAGGGUUAAUGGGGGCGAGAGAGGCCUGGAGGGAGACCCCCCGUCUCCUUCCUGGGAUGGGGAGAGAUUUGGCAGGAAGGCUGAGCCGGCCAGGGGGGCCUCUGGGGAAAGGGGACCCUCGGAGGUGGAGGGAGGAAGGGAGCAUCCCUGGGGAGGAAGGGAAGCCAUCUUGGAGAAAGAGAGAGGGACUGGGGGGCCGCCUGCCUUGACUUCUCCCUCCUGCCCAGGAAUCUCCCAGGACUCCGCGUAGACCAGGGAGAGAUCCCUGAAGCGGAGCCCCGAUCCCCCCACCCUCUCCUCCCCUGAAGCUCAGUCCUUGCCCUGCCUAAAGUCCCAGAUCAGGAGCUGCAGGGGGCGCUGGGGGCUGUUAGAGCGAGUCCAGCCAUGGGGGGAAAGAGGAAAGGGAGGAAGCCCCCUUUAUUAUUCCCCCCCUUUGAGGCUUCGCUCUGGGCAACUCCAGUCUCUCCCUCAUGCCUGUGUUUCUGUGCAGAAGCAUCUAAAGGGCUCCUCCCCAGAGACACCUGGGCCCAACUCCUCCUCUCCAUCCACCAGGUGUCCAGUAUUCCCACUAUAUCAGUUCACUUAAAUCUGUGGAAUUUAAGAGAUUGGGAAGAUUGCUAUGUAAAUGGGUGGAUUCCUGUGUCCCCCCCCCCCGCCUUUAUUUUUAUUGAACCUAUUAGUCUCUUUCUCUUGCCCAGGGCAGCCCAAAGUGACUUACAACCUGUUGUUGUUGUUAUGUUCCACGGUGACACUCCAAGUCCUUCUUUGUCGUGUUUCCUGUAUUUUGGGGGCAGAGAGAAGGCUGUUCUCAGGGCCUGCUCCACCAUAAGGGAAACUGAGGCAGCCCCCUCAAGCAGCAGAUGCAGGGGGGGCAAGGAGGGGAGGGAGCGGAGUCCCAUUUGGCCAGGCCUGAUUUAACCCUCUAUCCUCUCGUCCAGUGGAAGGUGCUGUCCCAUUGCCAGUGUCCUAGACACAAUGCAGCCGCCUCGGGAAGUCAGUGGUGCAGGAUGAUUUGGGAAUGUGGGCAGUUGGUUGGACUGUAUCAGGAAGAUGUUGGAGAUCACGGAGGAAGGAGAAAUGAAAGCGUUUUCAGGGGAGGGGGAAGAAGGGAAAAGUUUGUCCCACCAGAUAAGACUCCCAUACUCCCAGGCCAUGGGUCCAACCACAUCUGGAGGGCCAGAGAUGCCUCAACUCAGCAUAGAAGGUUCCUCUAGGGCUCAGUGUUACUUGCGAGUUGGUGGAACUGGAUCUUAAGGGUUCUUGAGAUAUUUCUUCAGGGAUUAUGAUUGGUAUCCAGACCCUAACACUAUAAAGCCAAGGUGUCCCCACUGAGCAGUUUAUCAACCCUGCUGGCCGCUGGGGAAGACCUUCAGAAGGAAAUGGUUUGCCCCCAAAGUGAAUUUCUUCCUUCCUCCGCUGCUGCUGCCCACACUAAAUGAAAUCCCAGGGAUGUCUGGCUCCUAUUACAAAGAGAUCCACCUGAUAUUCUAGAAUAAAGUGUGGCUAAGAUUCCGAGUCACAAUCGUGGCUGAGAAAUACAGCCAGGGAAUAUGAAACUGAUUUGAAGAUUGGUUUCUUCUAUUCAGGUGGACACACCACUGGUUUCAUCUUCUUUCUUUUCUUUCCCACAAUCAGUGUUAUUCACCUUUAAUACUCACCUUUUUCAGUGUUACACAUAUUUUAAUCUUCUGAUCUUCAGAUGAAGAGAGGUAUAACAAUUUAAUAAAUAAUUCCCAGUUGGAGCAGAGCUAGAAUGUCCAGAAGCCCUUGGCCACCCAGGGCAAAGGAGGAAGAACAGUGAGAGAGGCCUGGACAGGGAAUCUCCACUAAGAUAAGCCAGUGUCAGGAGGCGGGUGCGAGACAUGGCGGCAUAUAAUUAUUAUAAAUCAUAAUAGGGGUGGGUGUCUCAAUCUGGCCUUCCCAGCAGUCAGGCUCCAGCUGCUUUCCUUCUGCAUCUCCAGCUCUCUCCAUUCCAUAAUGCAAGGCUGAGAGAUGGAGGUCCAACCCCAAGAACAUUCUCCAACUGAGCACUCCUUCAACCGACCACAAGCACCAAGCCUUGUCACUAGACUUAUAUAUGAGUCUCCAGAAAUGGUCACUAUGCACCUCCUGAGGCCAAAGGGACUGUGCAGGUGAUGAAUAAAGAUCUAGAGGUUGAAGGGGACAAAAUGUGGCCCAAGGGGUGGAGGAUUAUGUUCGAUAGUUUUAUUGCUUUAUUGUUUGGCGCCCAGCCACACUUCCCCUGCGAGCCUCUGCAGGUCGUAAAGCAAUUAGCAAUUAGCAAAGUUGCACAGCGGUCGUGUGUUGAAAGAGCAGUAAAUCAGUCCCAAACGUUUCUUCGGUCCUAAUAUCUCUUUGGAACAAAAUAGCGUAUUUACAAACUCCAAUAGCCAUCCAUGAUAAGCUGCAUCUUCUCUCUCUGCUUGCAGCGUCAUAACAGAAUGCUUUCGAUUUCCACUCAGUACACAGCAUUCCAAGCUGCUUUCCUCAUGUCCUGGCUUACUUCCCUUGUUGUCUCCUCCUCUCAGGUUCGAGGCACAGAAGGUUAACCCUUCACUACACCCAACAGAUUAUUGUGCAGAGGAUGAAGAACUUCAUGGUGAACUUAGGACCCUGAUGAAUAUUGGCCAGGUUCAUGGACAUAGAGCAGCUCCCUUUCCUGUAAGAAACCACUUUAUGUAAAAAGUAAACCCCAAAAGUCUACCGUAUUCUGAGAUAAUGCUGCUUCAUUAACUAUAAUUAAGGGUUAUGAAAUGUUGAUGAUGCAUUACUAUUAUUUGACAUUAUUUCAUUUGCAUUUCCAAAAAAUUUGGAACAUAUGGAGGACAGGAGAGAAUGUACAAGAUGUUAAAAUAAGUGGAGGCUGUAAUUCAUGUGUGUAAUAUUCCUUUGUUCUCUUCCUAGAAAACAAAUAGGAUUUUCUCCCUACCCCAUCGAAAGAAGACAAUGGAGAAGGCAAUCAGAAUUCUGGUGGGCGAUGUCCAAUAGGAUUAACAAAGAAACCAUUCAAAUGUAUGGAGUGUGAAAGGAGAGUGGAGAAAUAAUUUGAAAGUAUGGAGUGUGGGAAGAGCUUCAGUAGCAGUGGAACACCAAGAAAACAUCAACAGACUCACACAGGGGAGAAACCAUUUAAAUGCAUGGAGUGUGGAAAGAGCUUCAUUGAUAGAGGAACACUUCGAAUCCAUCAUCGAAUUCACACGGGGGGAAACCAUUUAAAUGUGAGGAGUGUGGGAAGAGCUUCACUUAUAAGGGAGCACUAAGAAAACAUAAACGGACUCACACAGGGGGAAAACUUUUUAAAUGUAUGGAGUGCGGAAAAAGCUUCACUGAUAAUCGAGUACUCAGAAGUCAUCAACAGACUCACGUGGGGGGGAAACCAUUUAAAUGUAUGGAGUGUGGAAGGAGCUACAUUGACAGUGGAACACUAAGAAAACAUCAACGGACUCACACGGGUGAGAAACCAUUUAAAUGUAUGGAGUGCGGAAAGAGCUUCACUUAUAGUGGAACGCUAAGAAGACAUCAAUGGAUUCACAAGGAGGAGAAACCAUUUAAAUGCAUGGAGUGUGGGAAGAGCUUCACUGAGAGUGGAAAACUUAGAAUUCAUCAAUGGAUUCACACUGGGGAGAAACCAUUUAAAUGCAUGGAAUGUGGAAAGAGCUUCACUGGAAGUGGAAAACUUAUAAUUCAUCAACGCACUCACACUGGGGAGAAACCAUUUAAAUGUAUGGACUGUGGAAAGAACUUCAUUGAUAGUGGAAACCUUAGAAUUCAUCAACGCACUCACACGGGGGAGAAACCAUUUAAAUGCAUGGAAUGUGGAAAGAGCUUCAGUGACAGUGGAAAAUUUAGAAGACAUCAACGGACUCACACGGGGGAGAAACCAUUUAAAUGCAUGGAGUGUGGAAAGAACUUCAUUGAUAGUGGAACAUUAAAAAAACAUCAACGGACACACAUGGGGGAGAAACCAUUUAAAUGCAUGGAAUGUGGAAAAAGUUUCAGUGACAAUGGAAAACUUAGAAUUCAUCAGCGGACACACACAGGGGAGAAACCAUUUAAAUGCAUGGAAUGUGGAGAGAGCUUCCGUCACAAUGGAACCCUUAGAAUUCAUCAACGGACUCACACGGGGGAGAAACCAUUUAAAUGCAUGGACUGUGGUAAGAGCUUCAUUAACAGUGGAACACUAAGAAAACAUCAACGGACCCAUACAGGGGAGAAACCAUUUAAAUGCAUGGAGUGUGGGAAGAGCUUCACUGAUAGUGGAACACUUAGAAUUCAUCAACGGACUCAUACAGGUGAAAAACCAUUUCAAUGCAUGGAGUGUGGGAAGAGCUUCACUGAUAGUGGAACACUUAGAAUUCAUCAACGGACUCAUACAGGUGAGAAACCAUUUCAAUGCAUGGAGUGUGGAAAGAGCUUCAGUCGGAGUGGACUCCUUACAAACCAUCAUCAUAUUCACACGGGAGAGAAACCAUUUAAAUGCAUGGAGUGUGGAAAGAGCUUCAGUCGGAGUGGCCACCUUACAAACCAUCAUCUUAUUCACACGGGGGAGAAACCAUUUAAAUGUAUGGAGUGUGGAAAGAGCUUCACUGAGAGUGGACACCUUAGAAACCAUCAUCUGAUUCACACGGGGGAGAAACCAUUUAAAUGUAUGGAGUGUGGAAAGAGCUUUAGUCAGAGUGGACACCUUAGAUACCAUCAAUGGACUCACAGAACGGAGAAACCAUUUCAAUGCUUGGAGUGUGGAAGGAGCUUCAGUACAAGUGGAGUUCUUACUAAACAUCAACAAACUCAUACAGGGGGAGUAACAAUAUAAGUCCCAGGGAAGUGGACAGAGGUUCAGUUGUAGUGGAAGUAUUAUAAACCAUCAAAAGACUCUGAGGGGUAAGAGCUCUAAGAGCGGUAACACCUACAGGCCAUGAAUUAACUCAAAGAAGAGAAAUGGUUUAUAGAGUGUAGAACCUUUUUCUCUCCAAGUCGACACUUUCUUUCACAUCAGUAACAAGAAAUCAAUCUGAAUUGCAUGCAGCGUAUGUGAGCUUCUGUUGUUUGUAACGUGGUCUAGACGUUUAUUUAAAGUAAUGAAGGUAGAAUUUCACAAUAGUAAGCAUAAUAUAAUAUUUAAUGUGAAUCUGUAGUGUUGCUUCUGAAUGAGGGUGGACUGAGAGUGAGCUGGUGUUGGUGUUUGGUGGAGGGAGCUGGAAAUGUUUGUAUCUGGGAAUGGAGAGUUGCUCAAAGUGGAGCUGAGACUGGUGGUGUUGCUUUGGAAGCAGAGUUAGACUAAUAUUAUAGGAACAGCAGCCUAAGUCCCAUUGUUAUAAUUGCAAUAGUGGAACCAUGAAGACACAGAAAGAUUGAAAGCACCUACUUAUAUGCCGAAGGUAAUCUUGAAACCCUGAUCUAUUCUUUUGAUUUAUAGAUGCAUUAUGUCAGAUAUAAUGUGUAUAGAUAUAUUUGGUGGCAGGAGAAAUAAAAGGGCCAUUCCCUGGCAGAACCGGGAAAGGCUCUGUUCCCAGCUGCACAUCUUGCAUGAGGAGGGAAGGGGGCACAGGGAAGAAGGGGCCGUACCAGAGCAUCUCAGAGCAAUGUUGGGAGGGGGGCACACGGUGAUGCAAGUGUGUGUAGAAUGCUAUCCCCAAAAUGACGCAGGCGAGAAACAAUAUGGAUGAGUAUAAUGUGGAAGGAGGUUCCGGUAGGUCCCAAACCCAGAGUGCUAAGGGUCAGCUUCCUCCAAUUCCACCAGCUGCCCCAAGGCACGAUCCACCUCUGGGCCCUGAGGGUGGAAAGCCUCCUUGCACUUUUGCAACUGGACAUGAUCCGAGGGAGUCCUCCUGCCAGCAGAGCAAUGCAUACUAUUGAUGUAAUUAUCUUAUUGUUGCUGUUGCCAUCAUGGACUGGCUGGAUGCAGAGAAGGGGGGGAGACCCUUCUUUUCGCUCUCCUAAAUCUUCCACCAUUCCUGCUUCACUGGAUUCCAUGAGUUCUAUUUUUAUUUGGGGGGGGGGGGCUUUUCUCUAUCCUCUUUCUCCAUUCUAUCUGACAUGUCCUUCCUCGUCUUCUCUCCCAGAUACUGAACUGUGCACAGUACUCCAAAUGUGUUCACACCAUAGAUCUCCAUAAAUAAUUUCCAUUCCUCCUUAAGGAGCAGAUAUGAGAUUGGUACGUGUCGGUUUACAUUCCAGCACAGUAUGCUGGGAAUUUCCGUUGUGUGUAUAGCUUUUGCUUUUCUCUGUCUCUCUGAGAAUACAAAGAGAGAGACGAAAUGUUUCUUUGUCCUGAUUUAUGAUUAAUAAAUCCGUAGUUGUAGUAUGCUUCCACAAGCCUCCCGCCUAUUCUGUGUCCGCAGUUCGCUCUGCUGAUAUAAUGUGCCCUGGCUUUGAAGCCUGGGUCGCUGAUUUACAUCGGAGCAGAGGCUGAUGGGUCUUCGCAGCGGGACGGCUGGAAGGAGAUGACCCACCUGGGACUAGCCAGCUGGCCUUGCGACCCUCUGCAUGCCAACAAGAUCUGCACUACAACCAUUAGGAGAGUGGCAGGUGUAUUUUCAAUUGGUUCCCUAAACAUCCCCAGCGUGAGAUUUGCAGUUUCCCGAGCCAGUGCACACAGGGUCAGCAAUUUCCCAGAGUUACCUAACAUGACCCCAAGGUCAAUAAUAAUAAUACAUUCUUAUGGGGGGGGUGUUCCACAGAGAGGGGGCCACUACCAAGAAGGCCCUCUGCCUGGUUCCCUGUAACUAUGAGGGAACUGCCAGAAGACCCUCGGAAGUGGACCUCAGUGUCCGGGCUAAAUGAUGGGGGGAUUUUCUUUUCCUUGUGUUAGAUGGAUGUUGAAACAAUGUGUGAUUGACUAGGCCAUGUCUAGAUUUCUACCCAAGAGCCACAAUUGCUUUGCAUUCACAAACGCUAUGUGAAAUAUCACUAGUAAACAGAAUAAUUUAAACAAGGAAACCAACAACAGUAUUAAAAUUGCAGGGAGAGAGAGAAAAACUGGAUUUAAAAUGACCAAACCACAAGAUGAAAAGUCUCCAUACUAAAUGAGGGAAGGGGGAGGCAUUGGGGGGGGGGCUUUUGAAGUCUCCCUGCUGGCAAGGGAAUUCCAGAGCAAGGGCGCCUCUGUCUGUCUGGAAUCCCUCACUGCCUCAUCUCCAGCAGGAAGGGAGGAUUUCCAGACUGGGACCCUUCACUGUUAGGGGGAGGUGCUGGGGCCUGGGCAGCUGGAUGGAUGGACAUCAGCCUGCAGAAAUGCUCCCCCUUCCUUUCACAGGACUGUUGUGGUGUUGCAUGUGUGUGACAAGGCAACACUCAAGAACAGUUCCCACCAACCAACAUUACAUCAUUCCUCCACUGCCCACAAGAGGGCGAUCUUUCCUCUACACAUGGUAGAAUCCUAGAAUUGCAGAGUUGGAAGGGACCACGAGGGUCAUCUAGUCCAGGCCCCUGCAAUGCAGGAAUAUUUUGCCCAAAGUGGGGCUUAAACCCACGACCCAUAGAUUCAGAGUCUCAUGCUCUACCGACUGAGCUCUAAAAGGGAGUUUCAGUUCAAGCAGAGCCCAGAAUAAUUAGGGUUGCCAUAUUUCAAAAAGUAAAAACCAGGACACCCUCAAAACUGUAGAGCUUUUUUUUAGACAAGGUCCCAAAUAAACGCCAAAAAAGCCCAUGAUUUUUCGACUGACUUGUCUUAAAUUCAGGACAAAGUGCCAUCUUUUGGAAAUUCCGCCUUUGAAAUCUUUUGCUAGUCUUUCUGUUGAAUGGGGUGGGGGGUUUCAAUCUGGCCAGUCCCCACGCAAAAGAAUAAAUGGAAACGUAUCAAAAAGGGCAGCAUUUGGAAAGCACCCUGGUUGCAAACCACUCUGGGUCCUUUGGCCUGCUGCCAGCAGAACUGCCUGAACUGCUAGCUCCGCACAUGGGAGCAGAGUAGGACUUACUUCCGAGUAAGCAGGCAUCGGAUGGAAAAUUGUGUAUCAAUAAGGCUUUUGGCCGUGAAUUCAUACCUACAGCUAAAAGGAAAAGAGAGAGGAGGUUCUUUAUGCAGGCCCCAAACUAGACCCCAAGCAGCUAUUUAAGGACAGUGAGGGAAGAAUUAUUAGUUUGGAAGUGACAUUGCCAGGAAGGAAGAACAGUCCUGGUGGAAGAAUUAUACACAGCAAAUGGGAAGAAAUCAGACUUUUACAUACUGUAUGGGAUGCAGGCAGUGGUGAGGGGCUUUUUAUACAGCCUUCUUUCUAGAGAAGCUCCAAAAGCAAGAUAUAUGAGCAGAAAUCAGGGCGAAUGAGAAGAAAUCCACUAAUAAAGCAGGGAGCCCGGGGAAUCUGCCUCCUUGGCGCCUGAAACUGAGGCGAGGCUCAGAUUUCGAAGGGCGGGAAGUUGGGAAAAGUCGUUGAGGGGAAGAAGCAGCGGGGGGGGGGAGGGGCUCCUCCUCUCUUGCCCCUCAGAGACACGACGGGGACCCUCUUGGGAGGGGAGCAGAAAGGGGUCUCUCUCUCUCCCCCUCACAACCCCAUUGCACUCCUCUCAUGGCGGAAGGGGACCCCACCCUCUCCCUGCCUGGCGAGGGGGCAGCCGGGCCAAGGGGGUCUCUGGGCGCAGGAGAGCCUGUGGGGAGGAGGGGGGAGAGGAAAGGAAGCGCCCCUUCUCUCUCAGGCAGCCCCAUGUCUCUUCCCACCCCCCCCCCAGGCUGGGUCCAUCUCUGGGCUUCACAAAGGACCUUGCGAGGCAAACCUGGGCGGGGGGAGGGACCCCCUGGCUCAGCCCCUCCCCCACUCUCCUGACCCACAGGGGGAGGGGCAGCCCUUCCCUCCUUCUCAUUCAGCCUCUCCCCUCCCAACCUCCCUGUUUGCAGAUUGAAAACCACGUCCUUCUCUCCCCGCAAACCCAGGUCACCCCCAGAUAUGAUGCCCCCCCGCAGCCAUCUCGCCCCCUGCUGUGGGGAGGAGGAAGGAGGGGGGCCAGGCCCCCAUGGAGCCCCCAGAGGCAGCGCCGUCCCGUCCGCUUCCCAUCCCAACACAGGGAGAGGCUGCUCUAUGGACGUAGCUCUAGGGGCAAGCGCAUCCCAAAAGGAACCGGAAGUGUUGUAGCUAAAUGUGCCGGAAGUUUCCAGGAAAGGGGAGGAGGGGCGUCAGUGGAGAAACCCCCCCCCCAGCCCUUUCUAUUGCAGACAAGGAAAGCGGAGUAAUCUGGAGCCAGGGAGGCGGAGGACCAAGAGGUAAAAAGGGAGAGAGGGGGGGAAAUAGAGGGGGGGAUAAGAAGGGGGGAGGAGAAAGAGACCCCCCCAAGGAAAGCGCCCUCCCUGGGGCCCGUCGACAGGGGCCCCGAUCCAGGCGACCCAGGUGGGAAGGUGGGACCAAACAGCUGCAGGGCUGGCCUUGCAAGAUCUACUGGGCAGCAGCAGCACCGCCAGACCCCCGUUCUCUUUCCUGGGGGGCCGAGAGAUGCUCAGCUGCCCUGCCCCCCCUGGAGGCCUUGGCGGGAAGGGGAACGAGGACCCCAAGCAGGGCUGGGGGUGGGGCUGAGGCCCCCCAUUCUCCCUGGGGUCGUGGGGCGCCUGGCUGGGGAAAGGGAGAGAGGGAGUCCAGGGAAGGGUUAAUGGAAGGGGGAGGAGCCUCGACAGAGACCCCUCCCCUUCCAGCACCCCUGACCCCCCCAUCACCCAGCCUCCCUGCUGAGGGUGUUGGCUGUCCCAGAUCAUCUGCAUUCAGUACGACUCAUCUCCGUACUUUGGAUUGUCCUGAAUACCACCAAUUAUAGCCUAGCGGAAACCCAAAAGUCCUGCUAGGAUGCAUCUUGGCUUCCCUGCAGAUGAAACUGAGUGUGUGAGGAUUGAUAAUAUUUUCAUUUAUCCGUUUUAGACCCCUAAGUAGUAGCAGUUGCCAGGACAUUGUCCUGUUCCCCUCUGUAUAGUUCCAGCCUUAUUUCAGAUGUUGUGGUAGAUUGCAAUCAGGGUGAAUUUGAUAUAAAUCAAAUUGAUUUCAAUCACAAUUUACAAUAAAUCACUAGUCAGUAUGAUUCUAUUUAAAUCAAAAAUUUCUGAUUUGGUUACACUAUUAGAAAUACAUAGACAGAUAAUUAUGAAAUCAUUCUGAGGUUUAAUAAGUUAACUGUCUAUAUUUGGACAACAUUUCUGCUGUAAUUUAUUGGAAGGAGAAAAACAAUCAUUUCCUUAAUUACAACUUAAACAAUUUAUUUAACUAAAACAAUAAUAUUAUAACAUGUUGGUAAAAAUAUUUUUUUUAUAUCAAAAACAACAACCAAGCAGACUGAGUUUUAGCGCACAAGAAAAACUCGGAACUUAAGCAUUUCACCAUCUCCACUACCAGCCACCCCUUUGGAUUGGCUUCUGCAUUCAGGUGCCUAUUCUGUACAGUUAAGUGUUAGUGCGAUUGUUGGAACCCAGUGGGAUUGGGAAGAGGUUGCCAGCCCUGAAGAGCCUUCAGCGCUUGCCUCAAGUCUGACUUGCACAAUUAUUACACAAAGACCCCAAGAUGUGUGGAGUAUUCUGCUCACAAGGUUGCACUUUCAUUUUUACUGCUUCACACUUAGCUACUUGUGCAGAUCUCUUCCACUGCAAACCAUCUGUUCAUUGAACCUCUUGGAACUUAGAAUUUAAGGGGUUGAUUCUGUAUAUAUAAAUCUGCAAAGGAACAAUGGGAUUAAGGUUUUCCCUCAACGCUGUAUGUUUAUUUUAUAACAUUUUUUCUGUGAAGAAAAGGCAUGUUAUCUCUGCAGAUACAGAAAUUCACACUUUUGAGAAUGGCAAAAACAAGCAUCUGUGACAAUAUCUUUUCAUUAGAAAAACUUCCCCAAAUAAUCUUACAGAAUUACCCCACCUCCCGCAGGAGCCGCACGCUCCUUAAAGGGUGCCCAGCUCCUGUGGGCUUUUGCGGGAGGUGGGGAAUACUCCCAGAGCUUGUCAGGGCUGGUGGGGGAAGCCCGGGAUGAAGGCUCGCUGCUGCCCUGCGGAGGCUUCGCGGGCUACCCCAGAAGCCAGAACAGCUAGAGAGAGCGCUGCGCAGCGCUCCCUCUAGCUGUUUUAGCUUCUACCUUAGUGGCGCAACGCCUCCGCAGGGCACCGGGGAGCUCUGCUCAGCACUCCCUUUAAAUAAUAUUUUUUUCUUGAAUUCCCCCUCUAGAAACUAGGUGCGCCUUAUGAUCAGGUGUGCCUUAUGGAGCGAAAAAUACGGUAGGUAGGAGAAAAUAACAGAGGCCAACCAGUGUAUAUGGCGAAGCAAAGCGGCUAGUAAGCCUGAUCUUUAUUGCAACAGUGCCCCCCCCUCUCACCGCAACCAGCAGGGAGGUGUGCAAGGCCUUAUAUAGUCUUUUGAAAUUGCCCACCCAAGACCACCACCCCAAGUAUCAUACAGAAGGAGACUGUCUACAGCAGGAAUAGAUCGCAGGAGGUGGUCUACAGCAGAAAACCUGUCCUCAAGGAUACCUGUUAAUGGUCACUAACUGCAUUACCUGGGCAGCCUGGCCAUUCUUUUGUGAUGGUAAAUACUUUAGUUCCUGAAUCCAGGUCACAGGCUCACCCUGUUCAUCCCUCCUUAAGACAGUAUUUGUAAGCACAAAGACAAUGGGAAGGCUUCCAUUUGCCUCCCUUACUGCAGAGGAAUAUUUGAGUACGUUUCUGAGCACAAUUCAAAGUGUUGGUGCUGACCUUUCAAGCCCUAAACGGCCUCAGUCCUGUAUACCUGAAGGAGCGUCUCCACCUCCAUCGUUCAACCUGGACACUGAGAUCCAGCGCCGAGGGCCUUCUGGCAGUUCCCUCAUUGCAAAAAGUGAGGUUACAGGGAACCAGACAGAAGGCCUUCUGGGUAGUGGCGCUUGCCCUGUGGAACGCCCUCCCAUCAGAUGUCAAGGAAUUAAGCAGCUAUCCCAUUUUUAAAAGACAUCUGAAGGCAGCCCUGUUUAGGGAAGUUCUUAAUAUUUAAUGCUGUAUUGUUUUUAACACUCGAUUGGGAGCCACCCAGAGUGGCUGGGGAAACUCAGCCAGAUGGGCAGGGUAUAAAUAAUACAUAUUAUUAUUAUUAUUAUUAUUAUUAUUAUUAUUAGUCUGUGGUGCUCAAUGUUUAGGUAUAGUAAAUAUUAGGAUUUAAUUAGAACUUGUGUGUUAUAGCGGGGAUAUGUUAUAAGAUGGUCUCAGUGUAUUUUAGAAAGGGAGUUAUGUAAAGGUUUUUUUGUGUUUGAUCCGUGUUUCUGUGUAAAUACUGUGUGUCAGACUGAGAAUGUCAUCAGGAAGGUAUAGGAAAGGGUGCACCUGCUUCUGAGCAUCAGAAAUGAGCAUGGAAAGAGUUAAUAUCAUUAACCUACCGGAAUCGGCCCCCUCCCUUUGUAACAAGCAGCUGUAGGUCUUUUGGGAUUUAAUAUCAGCUCAUGAAAAGUGGGGCACAUGACCCGGAAAGCUGCCUGGCUCCCUCCGUCUGAAGGCGGAGAUAUGCACCACACGCCAUAGCCGAAUUCGGCUGGACUUGCCAUGGGAAAGCAGAAGGGGCAACCAAGGAAGGGGGAGACGGCCAAAGAAACCUGCUCUCACACAAGUGCCCCCCCCUGCCAAUUCCGUAACCUUAGCAAAGCCCAAGUUCAAACACCACCCCUAUUUAAAAGAGGCCCCCGUAAGGACGACACUGGACUGCCCUUUACGGUUGCCGUAAGUUACUCUUCCAAGUCCCAAAAGCGCGUAGCAACUCCGGUCUAUUUUGCAGGGCUGUUGUAAUGGGGACCCCCUAUGCCACCGCCCAGGGCAGCCCAAAGUGAUGUAUUACCAAUCGUUGUUGUUGUUGUUGUGUUCCACUGUGAGACUCCAAGGUCUUCUGUGUCAUAUUUCCUGUGCAGUGGACGCUCAGGUUGUGAACGGGAUCCGUGCGGGAGGCACAUUCACAAACUACAGUGCUGCGUCUGCGCAUGUGUGGGUUGUGAUUUGGUGAUUCUGCACACGCACAAAGCGUGAUUUAGUGGUUCUGCACAUGUGCGAGCGCUGAAACCCGGAAAUAACCCGCAACCCGAAAACGCACAACUCGAAGCAUCUGUAACCCGAGGUAUGACUAUUUUGGAAGGCAGCGAGAAGGCUGUUCUCAGGGCCUGCUCCACCAUCAGGGAGACUGAGGCAGCCCCCUCAGGCAGGAGGUGCAGGGAGGGGCAAGGAGGGGACGGAGCUGAGUCCCAUUUGGCCAGCCCUGAUUUAACCCUCUAUCCCAGGCAUAGGCACCCUAAGGCCCAUGGGCUGGAAGUUUGGAAAAACUUUAAAAAGUAUAAGAACUCACAUUAUGUAGUCAAAAAAUAGUAAUUGAAACAGUGGUACCUUGGGUUAAGUACUUAAUUUGUUCUGGAAGUCCGUUCUUAACCUGAAACUGUUGUUAACCAGAAGCAAAACUUAGGUAAUGGGGCCUCCUGCUGCCGCUGCGCCGACAAAGCACGAUUUCUGUUCUCAUCCUGAAGCAAAGUUCUUAACCUUAAGCACUAAUUCUGGGUUAGCGGAGUUGGUAACCUGAAGCGUAUGUAACCCGAGGUACCACUGUAUAAGAACUCACAUUAGGUAGUCACAAAAUAGUAAUUGAAACAAAAUGCUUAUAAACAAUAAGAUAAUUAACAUUUAGCUCCUGUUACACAUUAUAUCCACAUAAGUCAAUAGAAAAAGCAUAAAGAGAUGAUGUUCAAGAUGUGCCCUUUGGGAAAUUAUAAAUUCUACUAUUAUCAUUAUUAUUAUUAUUAUUAUUAUUAUUAUUAUUACAUUCAGGUGGACACACCACUGAUUUCAUCUCCUUUCUUUUCUUUCCCACAAUCAGUGUUACUCACCUUUAAUACUCACCUUUUUCAGUGUCACACAUAUUUUUAUCUUGUGAUCUUCAUAUGAAGAGACGUAUACAAAUUUAAUAAAUAAUUCCCAGUUGGAGCAGAGCUAGAAUAUCCAGAAGCCCUUGGCCACCCACGGCAAAGGAGGAAGAACAGUGAGAGAGGCCUGGACAGGGAAUCUCCGCUAAGAAAAGCCAGUGUCAGGAGGCGGGUGUGAGACCUGGCGGCAUAUAAUUAUUAUAAAUCAUAAUUGGGGUGGGUGUCUCAAUCUGGCCUUCCCAGCAGUCAGGCUCCAGCUGCUUUCCUUCUGCAUCUCCAGCUCUCUCCAUUAAAUAAUGCAAGGCUGAGAGAUGGAGGUCCAGCCCCAAGAACAUUCUCCAACUGAGCACUCCUUCAACCGACCACAAGCACCAAGUCUUGUCACUAGACUUAUAUAUGGGUCUCCAGAAAUGGUCACUAUGCACCUCCUGAGGCCAAAGGGACUGUGCAGGUGAUGAAUAAAGAUCUAGAGGUUGAAGGGGACAAAAUGUGGCCCAAGGGGGGGAGGAUUAUAGUGCAGCGGAUGAAGAACUUCAUGAUGAACUUAGGACCCUGAUGAAUCUUGGCCAAGUUCAUGGAACAUAGAGCAGCUCCCUUUCCUGUGAGAAACCACUUUUUAUAAAACGUAAAGCCCCACGGUUCAACCGUAUUCUAAGAUAAUGCUGCUUCAUUAACAAUAAUUAAGGGCUAUAAAAGGCUGAUGAUGCAUGACCAUUAUUUUAAAUUAUUUCAUUUGCCUUUCCUAAACAUUUGGAACAUAUGGAGGACAGGAGAGAUUGUACAAGACGUUAAAAUAAGAGCAGGUGUUAAUUGAUGUGUGUAAUAUUUCUUGAUGUGUGUUUUCUCUUCCUAGAAAACAAAUAGGAUUUUCUCCCCACCCCAUUGAAAGAAGACAAUGGAGAAGGCAAUCAGAAUUCUGGUGGGCCAUGUCCAAUGGGAAUAACAAAGAAACCAUUUAAAUACAUGGAGUGUGAAAACAGAGAACAUAAACAAUUUGAAAGUAUGGAGUGUGGAAGGAGCUUCACUGACAAUGGAAACCUUAGAAAACAUCAGUGGUCUCACUCAGGGGAGAAACCAUUUAAUUGCAUGGAGUGUGGAAAGAGCUUCACUACUAGCGGAAGCCUUAGAAUUCAUCUACGGACUCACACGGGGGAGAAACCAUUUAAAUGUAUGGAGUGUGGAAAGAGCUUCACUAUUAGCGGAAGCCUUAGAAUUCAUCAACGGACUCACACAGGGGAGAAACCAUUUAAAUGUAUGGAGUGUGGAAAGAGCUACAGUCAGAGUGGAGACCUUAGAAUUCAUCUACGGACUCACACAGGGGAUAAAUCAUUUAAUUGCAUGGAGUGUGGAAAGAGCUUCACUACUAGCAGAAGCCUUAGAAUUCAUCUACGGGCUCUCACGGGGGAGAAACCAUUUAAUUGCAUGGAGUGUGGAAAGAGCUUCACUACUAGCAAAAGCCUUAGAAUUCAUCUACGGACUCACACAGGGGAGAAACCAUUUAAUUGCAUGGAGUGUGGAAAGAGCUUCACUACUAGCAGAAGCCUUAGAAUUCAUCUACGGACUCACACGGGGGAGAAACCAUUUAAAUGUAUGGAGUGUGGAAAGAGCUUCACUAUUAGCGGAAGCCUUAGAAUUCAUCAACGGACUCACACAGGGGAGAAAUCAUUUAAAUGCAUGGAGUGUGGAAAGAGCUUCAGUCAAAGUGGACAACUUAGAGUUCAUCAACGGACUCACACAGGGGAGAAACCAUUUAAAUGCAUGGAAUGUGGAAAGAGCUUCACUGAGAGUGGAACACUUAGAAACCAUCAACGGAGUCACACAGGAGAGCAACCAUUUAAAUGUAUGGAGUGUGGAAAGAGCUUCAGUCACACUGGACACCUUAGAAUUCAUCAACGGAGUCACACAGGGGAGAAACCAUUUAAAUGCAUGGAGUGUGGAAAGAGAUUCACUGACAGUGGAACACUUAGAAUUCAUCAACGGAGUCACACAGGAGAGCAACCAUUUAAAUGUAUGGAGUGUGGAAAGAGCUUCAGUCAAAGUGGGCAACUUAGAAGACAUCAACGGACUCACACAGGGGAGAAACCAUUUAAAUGCAUGGAAUGUGGAAUGAGCUUCACUGAGAGUGGAACACUUAGAAACCAUCAACGGACUCACACAGGGGAGAAACCGUUUCAAUGCAUGGAGUGUGGAAGGAGCUUCAGUAAGAGUGGACACCUUAGAAGACAUCAACGGACUCACACAGGGGAGAAACCAUUUAAAUGUAUGGAGUGUGGAAAGAGCUAUACUACUAGUGGAAGCCUCAGAAUUCAUCUACGGACUCACACGGGGGAGAAACCAUUUAAAUGCAUGGAGUGUGGAAAGAGCUUCAGUCAGAGUGGAGACCUUAGAAGACAUCAACGGACUCACACAGGCGAGAAACCAUUUAAAUGCAUGGAGUGUGGAAAGAUCUUCACUGACAGUGGAAGACUAACACUACAUCAACGGAGUCACACAGGGGAGAAAUCAUUUAAAUGUAUGGAGUGUGGAAAGAGCUUCAGUCGAAGUGGAGUUCUUACAAAACAUCAACAAACUCAUACAGUGGAGCAACAAUAUAAGUCCUAGGGAAGUGGACAGAGGUUCAGUUGUAGUGGAAGUCUUACAAACCAUCAAAAGACUCCGAGGGGUAAGAGCUGUAAUAGUGGAAACACCUUCAGGCCAUCAAUUAACUCAAAGAAGAGAAAGGAUUUAGAUAGAAGGAGCGUUCAUCCUGCUUUGGUUAUUAUGCAACACUUUUUAGAGUGUAGGACCUGUUUUUCUCCAAGUUGACACUUUCUUUUUUUUUAAUAGCUUUUAUUUUGCUUAAACAGGUACAUAUAAAUAUAAACAGCCAAAAAUUACAAAGGAAAAUUCCUUAAUAGUAAUGAAAAAAACUACAAAAACUACAAAAAAUAUUGAAGUACAUGACACAGAACAUAAGCAACUAUGGGAAAGAUAAAAGAAAAGAAAAAAAGAAAAAAAAGAAAAAGGAAGAUGAGCCAAAGCAGGAAAGCUCAUCUAUUGUACACUUCCGUCAAACUCAACAGAUCAUUAUUCUUAUCAACUCUUAUCUGCAUUCCAAAGGAAUCCCUCAUCUUGGUAUCAGGGAACAUUUCUCUAUGCGGUAUCAUUCUAAACAUAGCCAGAUCUUUCUUGCUGAGCCCUUGUCCCCUAAAUAAUUAUUUAAACUUUCCCAUUCUUCUUUCACCAAUUUUUUAGGUUUAUCUCUUAUUGCAUCUGUCAGCUUUGCGAGCUCCAAGUACUCGCACAGUUUGACUACCCAUUCCUCUUUAGUGGGUGUAUUUUUAUCUUUCCAGUGUUUUGCCACUGUAACCCUUGCUGCUGACGUUGCACACAUAAAUAGCCUAGUUUUGUUUUUGGGAAUAUUAUCUGAAACCAUUCCUAGUAAAAAUUCUUCCGGUUUUUUCUAAAUGUAGUUUUUAUCAAUCUCUUUAUCUCUUCAUAAAUCAUAUUCCAAAAUCUUUGUAUCUCUAGACAGGACCACCACAUAUGGUAGUAUGUUCCUAUCUGUUCCUUACAUCGCCAGCACUUAUUAUUAUUUGAUUUAUUUAUUUUUGCAAGUUUUACAGGGGUCAGGUACCACCUAUAGUACAUUUUCAUAAGAUUUUCCCUUAUAAGGAGACAAGCCGUGAAUUUUAUAUUUUUAGUCCAUAAUUCAUUCCAAAUAUUGGGUUUGAUCGUAUGUCCCAGGUCCCUCUCCCAUUUUACUGUAAUUUCUUUGAUAUCUUCCUCCUUUCUUUGCCAAUUCAAAAAUAGUUUGUACAUUUUAGAAAGUGUCUUUUGAUUAUUAUAUAAAAUAUCCUUCUCUAGAUAGGAUAUUUUUUUGUCAAAUCCUUUGGUUCUUUUAUCCUUUUCAAGGGCGGCUUUUAAUUGAUAAUACUCCAGCCAGGUUAUUCCCUUCUGUUUCAAUUCGCCUAGGUCCUUUAUUUUCGGAUCACUACUUGUUUCCUCUACUAAAUCCUUAUAUGUUAGCCAAUCGCUGUUCAUAUUCAGCCUGUGGACCGACAUAGAUUCCAUUGGUGACAGCCACCAUGGUGUUUUGGUUACUACUGAUUUUUUACUCCUCUCCCAUACUUCAUAUAAUGCCCUUCUCACAAUAUGAUUUAAAAAUCCUUUGUGGGAUUUAACCUUGUUAUAGCCUAUGUAGCCAUGCCACCCGUACACAAUAUCCCAUCCCUCCAGAUCUAGGAUCUGUUUUUAAUUAAUAUCCAUUCCUUAAUCCAUGUCCAGCACGCUGCCUCAAAGUACAGUUUAAGGUCAGGAACCGCGAAGCCUCCUUUUUCCUUCAACUCUGUUAGUAGCUUAAAUUUUAUGCGUGGUUUUUUCCCUUGCCAAAUGAACUUGGCCAAUCCUUAAAACACUUUACGCCUCUAAUUAUAGGUAUUGUUUGGAACAUAAAAAUCAUCUUUGGCAAUACCAUCAUUUUAACUGUGGAUAUUCUCCCACACAGGGACAAAUUCAAUUUUCCCCAAGUCCCUAAUUCUUUUUUUAUUUCCUUCCACUUCUUCUCAUAAGUGUCCUUAUAUAAGUUUAUAUACUUUCGUUCACAUCAAUAACAAUACUUUCGUUCACAUUAAUAAUGUUGUCUAGACGUGUAUAUAAAUAAUGAAGGUAACAUUUUACAAUAGUAAGCAUAAUAUAAUAUUUAAUGUGAAUCUGUAGUGUUGCUUCUGAAUGAGGGUGGACUGAGAGUGAGCUGGUGUUGGUGUUUGGUGGAGGGAGCUGGAAAUGUUUGUAUCUGGGAAUGGAGAGUUGCUCAAAGUGGAGCUGAGACUGGUGGUGUUGCUUUGGAAGCAGAGUUAGACUAAUAUUAUAGGAACAGCAGCCUAAGUCCCAUUGUUAUAAUUGCAAUAGCGGAACCAUGAAGACACAGAAAGAUUGAAAGCACCUACUUAUAUGCCGGAGGUAAUCUUGAAACCCUGAUCUAUUCUUUUGAUUUAUAGAUACAUUAUGUCAGAUAUAAUGUGUAUAGAUAUAUUUGGUGGUAGGAGAAAUAAAAGGGGCAUUCCCUGGCAUAACCGGGAAAGGCUCUGUUCCCAGCUGCACGUCUUGCAUGAGGAGGGAAGGGGGCACAGGGAAGAAGGGGCCGUACCAGAGCAUCUCAGAGCAAUGUUGGGAGGGGGGCACACGGUGAUGCAAGUGUGUGUAGAAUGCUAUCCCCAAAAUGACGCAGGCGAGAAACAAUAUGGAUGAGUAUAAUGUGGAAGGAGGUUCCGGUAGGUCCCAAACCCAGAGUGCUAAGGGUCAGCUUCCUCCAAUUCCACCAGCUGCCUCAAGGCACGAUCCACCUCUAGGCCCUGAGGGUGGAAAGCCUCCUUGCACUUUUGCAACUGGACAUGAUCCGAGGGAGUCCUCCUGCCAGCAGAGCACAAUGCAUACUAUUGAUGUAAUUAUCUUAUUGUUGCUGUUGCCAUCAUGGACUGGCUGGAUGCAGAGAAGGGGGGAGACCCUUCUUUUCGCUCUCCUAAAUCUUCCACCAUUCCUGCUUCACUGGAUUCCAUGAGUUCUAUUUUUAUUUGGGGGGUGGGGCUUUUCUCUAUCCUCUUUCUCCAUUCUAUCUGACAUGUCCUUCCUUCCUCGUCUUCUCUCCAAACUGAAAGGUCCCAGAUACUGAACUGUGCACAGUACUCCAAAUGUGUUCACACCAUAGAUCUCCAUAAAUAAUUUCCAUUCCUCCUUAAGGAGCAGAUAUCGGUUUGGUAUGUGUCACAUGUCGGUUUACAUUCCAGCACAGUAUGCUGGGAACUUCCGUUGUGUGUAUAGCUUUUGCUUUUCUCUGUCUCUCUGAGAAUACAAAGAGAGAGACGAAAUGUUUCUUUGUCCUGAUUUAUGAUUAAUAAAUCCGUAGUUGUAGUAUGCUUCCACAAGCCUCACGCCUAUU